AUGUAUGCGCAUGUCACUGCCUUCGAGGUGAAGCUGCGUCUGUGGGAAGCCCAGGUAGGUCGAGGACAGCUUGACCACUUCCCUCGCCUGGCCACCUGUGCUGCGGAAGAUGUCGACCGCGACGGAUGUGCCGCUGCUCUUGCCGCUCUGCGCCAGGAGUUCACGAACCGCUUCGCUCGCGUUCGGGAGCUCGCUACCGACUUCAAGCUGGUGACAGCACCGUUCAACUUCAGUGUCGACGAAGCGCCGGUAUCCCUGAGAGAGUCGGUGGAACUCCAAAGCAGUGAUGAACUCAGAGGAAAGUUCCGAACCUCUUCGCCUCUGGCCUUCUUCCGCGAUGUCAUUAUCCCCACUGACGGAUAUUCCAAUUACAUAUUGCACGUCCAACGCAUCGCUGCCAUGUUCGGUAGCACGUACUGCUGCGAACAGCAGUUCUCCAAAAUGAAGUUAUACGUGAAAUCCCGCCUCCGAUCCAGACUGUCUGAUCGUCACCUGAAUGACGUCCUCAGGCUGAGCUCGACGACAUCUGUGGCGCCGAAUGUCGAAGGGCUUCUUCACGGCAGGAAGCAGCACCACCCUUCGCACUAA